AUGGGAUCACCACCACCUAUUCCCACAGUACCACCUCCAUCCCCCGCACCUCGUCGUGUCACAAGAUCAAUGAAUCAAAUACAAAAACCUAACCCCAAAUACCUUCUCACUACCAAACAUCCUCUCCCUUCCUCCAUUGAACCAACAUGUGUUAGUCAGGCUCUCAAGUCUAGUGACUGGCGUGAUGUUAUGAGUAAGGAGUUUGAUGCUCUAGUCCAACAAAGAACGUGGGACCUUGUACCUCGACCUCCAAAUAUCAAUCUCAUAGGAUGCAAAUGGGUCUAUAGAGUUAAAAGAAAGGCCAAUGGUGAUAUUGAUCGAUAUAAGGCCAGAUUAGUGGCCAAAGGCUUUCAUCAAUGA